AUGGUACCAUCAAAAAGCAUCAACGGGGAUAGUGUUUCUCCCCUACCAGUCCAGGUCGGUGAGCACCAGCUGUGCGGUGGCUUCCAUGCGUGCGGCUGCAGGCUGCUACUCGGCGAGGGAGGAGCUCAAGAUCUAUCUAGUCUUGUCGCGCACCUUGACAUGGCCAGACUAGGGCUCUGUGCUCGGCUGAGCAGUCAUCUUACUCCGAGUUGGAACGAAGUGUCCGUCAGGCCUGUCGUGCCUAAACGCAGCUCCGGUGCGACUUCACAGCCUGCAUUUACGUGUGCUCCAUCUAGUCACGGAUGCAGUGUCAUAGUAUUGAUUAUCACGUACCUUUAUGGCCACGACAUCCUUCGCGCAUUGCUUUGCAUCCGGGUACACCUAACAGAUCCCCAAAAGCCGUUGGCCUUCUACUGA